AUGAGACGGCAACAUGUCGGCGAUGAGUUCAAAGAUGAGGGCCUCAAUACGUUGGUAACACAGGAGGUAGAUGCUCGAGAUAUUGCUGCUAACAGAUUUACCCUACCAACUACGGCUACAAAGAGGCUCUUACGGACAACACCAUACCGUGUGUCAUUCGCAGAAGACUGUGAUUAUCUCGUACACUACUGUCUCAGAGCGUAUUCGACCGGAGAAUUAUGCGCACGGACAUUAUUCUAUACAUACUAUACAUUUAAAAACUAUUGUCUUAUGGAUUUUGUUAAUUGCAUGGAGCGGUAUGAAGUAUGGCAAGUUGUUCACAUGGGACCAUGUUUCAAUAUUACACCCCUAACAGAAUACUUAUUAUAUCCCUAUGAUGAUGAUUACUUCUUGGACUUAGACUACGUAAUGGAAGAUCAUUGA